AACAUGCAGACAGGUGACGUGAAAAAUAUGUGACCUCUACUUAAGAGGCCAUCACCAUCAUGGAGUCUUAGAGUAACUCUUGGCAUCCGAGUUAAAGGCUGGCUCGCGUCCUCCAGAUAGUCGUCACUUGCAGGAAUGGCUUUUAUUCACCUACUACUUCUAGCUCUGCCUGUCAGACACUCACAGGGUCUAUUUCUGCCACUCUUCAGCCCCUUCAAUCCAGCUUCAUUGCCGUGUAACCAGAGGCACAGAAGGCAGCCGCAGCUGUCGGAAUCCUAAUCCCUCCCGCCCCACCGGGUUGCCAGCGUGUACAGUAGCAAUCGGCGUGUCUCUGUGCCGCCUUGCAGGCGCUUCCACAGGGCUCAGCAGCAAAACAAAAAUUGCGGAUGAUACUUUUCACCUUCUGGAAACUCAGCUCACUCGUGUAGUUUUCAGGAAAUGAUCAAGAAAACAUCCAUGUGUAGCCGUCUACUCAUCACCUGAUGGAUCCAGAAGCUCAGAAAGAGAUCAGAGCAGCUUAUGAUGACGAGCAGGUGGUCACAGAGAUCAGGGCCAGAUGUUUCAUUCCCACUCUGAUAACAACCACUCCCUGGGAAGGUUUUCAUUUUGUUGGCCAUGAGAUUCGGAUUACCGAAGCCACGGAUUGUUACGGUGCUGUCGUUUGGCCAUCGGCCCUUGUUCUAUGCUAUUUCCUGGAAACAAAUGCAAAGCAGUAUAAUAUGACUGACAAAAACGUGAUUGAAAUUGGAGCCGGAACAGGGCUGGUCUCCAUUGUGGCAAGUUUACUCGGUGCUCACGUGACUGCCACAGAUUUACCUGAAUUACUUGGAAACCUGCAGUAUAAUAUUUCCCACAACACCAAAAUGAAGAGCAAGCACUUGCCUCAGGUGAAAGAACUCUCCUGGGGAGUAGCGUUAGAUAAAAACUUCCCCAGGUCUCGCAGUAAUUUUGACUAUAUCCUGGCAGCGGAUGUGGUCUACGCUCAUCCUUUCUUGGAAGAACUCCUUGUUACCUUUGACCAUCUGUGCAAAGAAACCACUGUCAUCCUCUGGGUCAUGAAAUUCAGGUUGGAGAAAGAGAAUAAAUUUGUAGAUAGAUUUAAGGAGUUGUUUGACCUGGAGGAAAUUUCCAGUUUUCCUAGCCUGGAUAUUAAGUUGUAUAAAGCUAUGAAGAAAAGUAGAAGGAGUGCAUGAUGUCCCGGACCCGGACAAUGAAGUGUGAAGGCGACUUCCAGCCAACUGUCACUGUAAAGAAAACCCUAAUAAUCGUAUAUACCACUGACUUUCCCCUAUGGAAACACACACACUUCCCUUGCUAUGACAUAGAAAAGAGUUUCCUAAAGUUGGCUCACCCUCGCAGGGAGGGAUCUUUCCAGACAGAAGGCGGGUCUGCAGGAUUACAGGUAACUUGCUCCCAGGGAGUGUCCAUCAGCUCUCAGGGCCACCCUCUGCUGGCUGGUGAUGCAAACUCUUGGCAAAGUCCGCUGUGCAGUUAUUAUCUGUUCUCCUUAU